AUGGCAGCUAGACCACUACAGAUACUCACUUCUUGGGGAUAUCGUCGAGUUUCAUCUCAGUCCGAUGACAUCGAGGAUGAAGGGCACUUGCUGAAGCAUUCCUUAGAGGGCUCCGAUUCUCCAAGUUCUUUGGGGCAAGAAUUCGAUGCCAAUCCGCGUCUGGCAAAAUUGCCGACAUGUGUUAUAUUGCUUAACUUGAUGUUCUUCAUUUUGUCGCUUUGGCUAUUUGUUAUGUCUAUGCUGUCAAAAGAGUUGUACGUGGAUCAGGAAGGGGGUUUGGAGAGGAAUUAUUUUCUGAAGAAGACUUCAGAACCAUGUGAGAUUCUUAUAUUUUAUUAUUUCUACUUCUUAAAGUUAAUUAUCAACUCAGCUCCUCUACUUGACCUCAUCGACAUACCUCUGAGGACCAUAAGAAUGAAUGGCACCUUCCUCGAAGCCAAGCCAGUCUCAAUAUUUCGGCAGCCACCAUCUCCAGAAGUCGAUGCAGCAUGGGCUAGAAUCGAGACCCAACGUCCAGUUCCAAUUUCUCGAGCAGAUGUCAUCUCACAAGGCCAAGAUCCAUCCCGAGCUGCCAAAUUCCCAGAAUCUUUUGGCUUUGGGUCUGAUUCUUAUAUUGGCCGUAUCGACGUUUUUCACCAAAUACAUUGCUUGAACAGGCUCCGGAUGCACCUGCACGGUAACUACGAGUACUACUACGCAGACACAGAUACGAAUAACAAAUAUCACGAUCUUCAUGUCAGUCACUGCGUGUAUAUGCUCCUCCAGAAUCUGAUGUGCACUGCAAAUGUGGAUGUAUAUACUCACACUUGGAUGGAUGCACAAGAGAAUGCAUUUCCGGAUUUUAGCAUGAAUCACAAGUGUCGUGACUUUGAUGCUGUGCUGAAAUGGCAUGACGAGAAUUCGGUGCCGCUGGAAAAGUUUGGCGGCUUGAGGAAACCAGCGGGAUUCAAGGAACAUAUCAUGACGCAUGAGUUCAAGGAGGUCUUUCAAUGGUACGAUGAUCAUCCAAAUGAUGGGGAUCUUGGUACAGAUAUCAUGUAA